GCAAGUCCGUCUUGUGUGCAGUGCAGUUUGCAAUGCAGGGGUUCAAAGCGGAGUACUCCCACCCGUUUAUGAACAUCGACGCCAUCGUGGUACCGGACGCUGUCAAGCCUAUCCCUCCACAGUGGGUCAACGACGUGGAGCUGGAUGAGUUCGGGGCCGAGAUGGGCGACGUGAUCGGGGAAGGCCCAGUUCUGGCAUGGAGCUCUGAGGAGCGGAAGCAGCGCUAUCAGCACGCCCUGCGCAGACUGGACCUCAACGAGGAGAUGCUGAGCUCCAAGCGCAUCACGCUGAUGAGCAAAACGGAGCUCGGCCAAGAAAAGAAACGCGUCAAAGCGGAAUUGAAACGCUACGACACUGAUUGGAAGAAGCAGUUCAAGGUUCUACCAAACCAUUCGCAGAAGGAGGUCAUGCGACCGCUGUACCUCUACUACAGGCGCCUCAAGAAUCAGCUGGCGACGGCUGACUCCGGGGCUCGAGAUCAAGACAGUGACGACGACCUCCUGGGCAGGCGCACGAACAAGGAGAAAGCAGAGCUGCAGAUCUCGCAGCUCGAGGCCAACCUUCAUGAGUGGCGCGACUCGGAAUUGCAGUCAGCGGAAAAUUCCCAGGCGCGUGCCAACUCGCUGCAGCAAGAAAAAGGUGCAAUCAGGACCAAGUUGAAGGAGUUCCAAGAGAACUUUCUUCUACAACAUCAUCGAAAGAUUCGCUUUCACAAGGACAUCCUGCCCAUCGAGAAAGAGUACAGGAUGUACAAGAACAUCAAAGAGGAGCUGCAAAAGGUCGAAUCACAAUUGAGAAGCUUGCGUGGGUGCCCGAGUGGAGCAUCGUCGGGGCUCUGCAGUUUCUUCUGA